CCUGGACGCCACCCUAUGUAUGGCCGUGUCUGCAGCACCCAAGAUGAAAACGGUUCCUGGCUGAGCAAGGACAGGCAUGGCCAAAGUCCCAGGAACAAACAACAAAGACCAUGGCUCCGUCAGAGAGGAGCUGGUGGAUGAGUUCACUGCACCUGGAAACCUACGAGAACUGUUGCAGGAGAGCCAAGCCGAGGUUCAGACCUUGUUCCCAGUGCUGUUUACGGUAUUGGGGUCCCUGGAAAACUUCUGCCAUGACCACAAAGGGGAAUGGAAGGUGCCAGAGCGGAUAUGGGUGCAGCUUAAGGGCAAGCGGGAGGCCGUGCAAAAAGCUAAGGAAUACAUCAAAGGGCUCAGUGACCCAGAAAUGGCUACAAAAGAGAUGUACCCAAAGGAGAUGCACUGCAUUUUCGCUGGAGCCAGCAGCUUCUUCCUCCGCUCACUCAUCAGGGACACUUGCGCCAAUAUCACCGUAUUGGAAAUUGGAGUCCUGGCCAUCAGAGGGGGGACAGAACCGGUCGUGAUGGCCCAGAGUAAAGUCCAGCAGUUUGUCAGAAUUUUCAGAGACGAUGGAGGCUUGACCUCCAGUAAGGAGCCAGAGGUGAAAAAGAAGUUUAAAGUUUUUGUGGAGGCUCACGCUGAUAAAUAUACGAUGGACUUAUUGUUGCUGCCCAGUGCGUUGAAGGAGGAAUUGUUGAUCCUGAUAGGACAUGACCACUAUUUGGUUUCACAAGAUGACACCGAUUUUGAGAUAGUCACUGUAAACUCCCAUGCGAAUAACCAACAUCCUUGUAGCCAAGGUGAGGCUAGGACUAAGACCCCCGUGACAGAGCUAACGUGUCAGCUGGACUCUGUAUUUGCUGGUGCCAACCAAUCCAACCCAUCCAGCCCCUCUGCUCAACAAGAGAAAGUCAAAGGAAAAAGACGAGGUCCGGAGAAGGAAAACGAAUGCCGAAAAAAACCCUUUUCUUUGCAAAGUAUAGAAUCAGAUGGGCCAGCCACCCAUACCCCCACCACCUCCAAUGUUCCAAUCAUCGACUUAACUUCAAACGAAUCGGAUGAUAUAGAGGUAGAAGAACCCAAGCAAGAACCCGUCAACUCAGAAACUGAAUACAAAAUCCUUGUGAAUUUUUUUAAGACUAUGGGAUAUCCCCAGGCUGUGGUCGAGAAGGUCAUCCGUGAACUCGGACAAUCAGAGGAGCCCCUGAAACUACUGGACGAGAUCGAAAAACGGAGCCGCAGGCAACUAGAUGGAGCCGAGAACAAUCCAGACACUAAAAAACAAUGCUUGCACCAACCAGCACCCGGGCCGACACAGGAAGUGACCAUAGAACCGAAUGUUAUCUCUGUAUCUCCCAGUAACGGACUCUUGCAGAAUCAUAUUUUACAGAAGAUACAGGAAGAGUCUAGAGCUGAAAGGCUGCAGAUGGAAAGGACUUUGGCAUUGGCAAAAAAUGUAGGCUUUGUAGCCAGAGGCACAACAAGCCCUCCAACGAAUAAGCGAAUCCUGGCCACCGAUGCCCCGGGACCUUCAAACCAGCCCCCCGUCAGAAUUGCAAGGGACAUAGCUGUCCAGUGGAACAAUGCGACUUACGCGGCCAUCCCCUUGAACAAUGAACAUAAACCUGCAGCACGUGAGAAACCGGCAAAGCCCGAACCAUCUGUAACUGGAGUACAAAUGUUUCUUAAUGCCAUUAGAAAACCUUAUAAACUGGAACUGAAAGAUGAACCUGGAAGAGAAGACCUGAAGCAUAUUAUUAUUGACGGGAGUAAUGUAGCUAUGAGCCACGGCCUGCAGCGCUUCUUCAGCUGUCGAGGAAUCGCCAUAGCCGUGGAAUAUUUUUGGCAAAGAGGUCAUCGGAAGAUCACAGUCUUUGUUCCACAGUGGAGGACAAAACGAGACCCCAACAUCAAAGAGCAGCAUUUUCUACAACAGUUGGAGGAGCUGGGCAUCCUGUCUUUCACCCCUGCCAGGACUGUAAUGGGCGCUCAUAUUGCAGCACACGAUGACAGAUUCCUCUUACAUUUGUCAGAGAAAACAAAAGGAAUUAUCGUCACCAACGACAACCUGCGGGAGUUUGUAGGAGAAUCAACCGCAUGGAUGUGGAUCAUCAAGGAAAGGAUAUUGCAGUACACGUUUGUCGGUGACAUUUUCAUGCUCCCAGAUGAUCCAUUGGGACGGAAUGGCCCGAGGCUGGACACCUUUCUCAGUUUAUUUCCUGAAAACAGAAACCCAUCGCCGACCCUUCCCCCAGACAGCGGAGUGUUUUUCCCCAGCUUUGACCACCCUGUGAUCAGAGUGGCAGCCAAACACAUUCGCGUGCCUCCAAUUGCAUUACCUCCCCGGCAGAUCAAUCCAGCUAUAUUGAACAUACCCCGUCCCCGAGCUCCGCUCCCGACCCCACUCCCGGCCCAGAGGAACUAUUACGAGACUAUGACCCUAAAGACCGAACUGACGAAAAUAUUUCCUGAGGUGCAGCAAAGAGAGAAAAUCAACCAAGUCUUGAGCGCCCAUCCUUACAUGCGGGAUCUCAAUGCACUGUCCGCCAUGAUCCUCGACUAAAGGCUUCAUCUGUGCGGUUUGCGCCUG